AUGAGAACCGACGAAAUGCACCCUUGUCUCGAGAAUGCUAUUCUGAAUGCAAAGGGGACACAAUGGAGAACACUGCGCGGUUACCCUUCCUUUGGAUUUGUUAUAACGAAGCUAAAACAGAUGAUGCCUCAUAUCAGCGGGCAGGCUGACGUUCUUCUCGACCACCUGGGGGAAGUGUCCGACCUCGGGACAGAGCUGACCACGUUUGAAACGUUUCAGGCUUUGGCAAUGGACAACGUAGGCCGGGUCUUCUUUGGACUGAACAGCACAUUUCAGCACAACGUCCACGAUGCCUUCAUUUCCAAGGCUUUGAACGUUAUACCCCAAAUGAUGACCGGGCCCUCCCAUUUUAUUGCACGUAAGAAUUACCCGUCUGCCGCUGAUUCAGAAUGA